AGUGCUGAAGAGAUGGCAGUUGCCACGGCUAGUGCUGAAGAGAUGGCAGUUGCCACGGCUAGUGCUGAAGAGAUGGCAGUUGCCAGUUGCCACGGCUAGUGCUGAAGAGACGGCAGUUGCCACGGCUAGUGCUGAAGUGAUGGCAGUUGCCACGGCUAGUGCUGAAGAGAUGGCAGUUGCCACGGCUAGUGCUGAAGAGAUGGCAGUUGCCACGGCUAGUGCUAAAGAGACGGCAGAUUGCAUGGCUAGUGCUAAAGAGACAACAGUUGCCACGGCUAGUUCUGAAAAGACGGCAGUUGCCACAGCUGAAGAGACGGCAGUUGCCACAGGUAGUGCUGAAGAGAUGACAAUUUCCAGAGCAGUUGCCAUGGCUGGUGCUGAAGAGACGGCAGUUGCCACAGGUAGUGCUGAAGUGAUGGCAGUUGCCACGGCUAGUACUGAGGAGGCUGCAGUUGCCACAGGAAGUGCUGAAGAGACUGUAGUUGCCAUGGCUAGUGCUGGAGAGACUGUAGUUGCCACGGCUAGUGCUGAAGAGACUGUAGUUGCCACGGCGUGUGCUGAAGAGAAGGCGGUUGCCACAGCUAGUGCUGAAGAGACUGCAGUGCCCACGGCUAGUGCUGAAGAGUCAGCAGUUGCCACGGCUAGUACUGAAGAGACUGCAGUUGCCACGGCUAGUGCUGAAGAUGAGGCAGUUGCCACGGCUAGUGCUGAAGAGGCAUCAGUUGCCACGGCUUAUGCUGAAGAGAUGGAAGUUGCCACGGUUAGUGCUGAAGAUACUGCUGUUGCCACGGCUAGUGCUGAAGAUACGGCAGUUGCCAUGGCUAGUGCUGAAGUGACAGCAGUUGCCACGUCUAGUGCCGAAGAGAUGGCAGUUGCCACAUCUAGUGCCAAAGAGGCGGCAGUUGCCACGUCUAGUGCUGAAGAGGCGGCAGUUGCCACGUCCAGUGCCGAAGAGGCGGCAGCUGCCAUGUCCAGUGCCGAAGAGGUGGCAGCUGCCACGUCCAGUGCCGAAGAGGCGGCAGCUGCCAUGUCCAGUGCCGAAGAGGCGGCAGCUGCCACGUCUAGCGCCGAAGAGGCGGCAGCUGCCACGUCUAGUGCCGAAGGGGCGGCAGCUGCCACGUCUAGUGCCGAAGGGGCGGCAGCUGCCACGUCUAGUGCCGAAGGGGCGGCAGCUGCCACGUCUAGUGCCGAAGGGGCGGCAGCUGCCACGUCUAGUGCCGAAGGGGCGGCAGCUGCCACGUCUAGUGCCGAAGGGGCGGCAGCUGCCACGUCUAGUGCCGAAGGGGCGGCAGCUGCCACGUCUAGUGCCGAAGGGGCGGCAGCUGCCACGUCUAGUGCCGAAGGGGCGGCAGCUGCCACGUCCAGUGCCGAAGGGGCGGCAGCUGCCACGUCCAGUGCCGAAGGGGCGGCAGCUGCCACGUCCAGUGCCGAAGGGGCGGCAGCUGCCACGUCCAGUGCCGAAGGGGCGGCAGCUGCCACGUCCAGUGCCGAAGGGGCGGCAGCUGCCACGUCCAGUGCCGAAGGGGCGGCAGCUGCCACGUCCAGUGCCGAAGGGGCGGCAGCUGCCACGUCCAGUGCCGAAGGGGCGGCAGCUGCCACGUCCAGUGCCGAAGGGGCGGCAGCUGCCACGUCCAGUGCCGAAGGGGCGGCAGCUGCCACGUCCAGUGCCGAAGGGGCGGCAGCUGCCACGUCCAGUGCCGAAGGGGCGGCAGCUGCCACGUCCAGUGCCGAAGGGGCGGCAGCUGCCACGUCCAGUGCCGAAGGGGCGGCAGCUGCCACGUCCAGUGCCGAAGGGGCGGCAGCUGCCACGUCCAGUGCCGAAGGGGCGGCAGCUGCCACGUCCAGUGCCGAAGGGGCGGCAGCUGCCACGUCCAGUGCCGAAGGGGCGGCAGCUGCCACGUCCAGUGCCGAAGGGGCGGCAGCUGCCACGUCCAGUGCCGAAGGGGCGGCAGCUGCCACGUCCAGUGCCGAAGGGGCGGCAGCUGCCACGUCCAGUGCCGAAGGGGCGGCAGCUGCCACGUCCAGUGCCGAAGGGGCGGCAGCUGCCACGUCCAGUGCCGAAGGGGCGGCAGUUGCCACGUCCAGUGCCGAAGGGGCGGCAGUUGCCACGUCCAGUGCCGAAGGGGCGGCAGUUGCCACGUCCAGUGCCGAAGGGGCGGCAGUUGCCACGUCCAGUGCCGAAGGGGCGGCAGUUGCCACGUCCAGUGCCGAAGGGGCGGCAGUUGCCACGUCCAGUGCCGAAGGGGCGGCAGUUGCCACGUCCAGUGCCGAAGGGGCGGCAGUUGCCACGUCCAGUGCCGAAGGGGCGGCAGUUGCCACGUCCAGUGCCGAAGGGGCGGCAGUUGCCACGUCCAGUGCCGAAGGGGCGGCAGUUGCCACGUCCAGUGCCGAAGGGGCGGCAGUUGCCACGUCAAGUGCCGAAGGGGCGGCUGUUGCCACAUCCAGUGCCGAAGGGGCGGCAGUUGCCACGUCCAGUGCCGAAGGGGCGGCAGUUGCCACGUCCAGUGCCGAAGGGGCGGCAGUUGCCACGUCUAGUGCCGAAGGGGCGGCAGUUGCCACGUCUAGUGCCGAAGGGGCGGCAGUUGCCACGUCUAGUGCCGAAGGGGCGGCAGUUGCCACGGCUAGUGCCGAAGACAUUGCAGUUGCCACGGCUAGUGCCGAAGAGACGGCAGUUGCCACGGCUAGUGCCGAAGAGACGGCAGUUGCCACGGCUAGUGCCGAAGAGACGGCAGUUGCCACGGCUAGUGCCGAAGAGACUGCAGUUGCCACGGCUAGUGCUGAAGAGACGGCAGUUGCCACGGCUAGUGCCGAAGAGACGGCAGUUGCCACGGCUAGUGCCGAAGAGACGGCAGUUGCCACGGCUAGUGCCGAAGAGACGGCAGUUGCCACGGCUAGUGCCGAAGAGAUGGCAGUUGCCACGGCUAGUGCCGAAGAGACUGCAGUUGCCACUGCUAGUACCGAAGAGACUGCAAUUGCCAUGGCUAUUGCUGAAGAGGUGGCAGUUGCCACGUCUUGUACCAAAGAGACUGCAGUUACCAUGGCUAGCGCUGAAGAAAUGACAGUUGCCACGGCUAUUGCUGAAGAGACUGCAGUUGCCAUGGUUAGUGCUGAAGAGACUGCAGUUGCCACUGCUAGUGCUGAAGAGACUGCAGUUGCCACUGCUAGUGCUGAAGAGACUGCAGUUGCCACUGCUAGUGCUGAAGAGACUGCAGUUGCCACUGCUAGUGCUGAAGAGACUGCAGUUGCCACAGCCAGUGCUGAAGAGACUGCAGUUGCCACUGCUAAUGCUGAAGAGACUGCAGUUGCCACUGCUAGUGCCGAAGAGACUGCAGUUGCCACUGCUAGUACCCAAAAGACGGCAGUUGCCAAGUCUAGUGCUGAAGAGGCGGCAGUUGCCACGUCUAGUGCCGAAGAGACUGCAGUUGCCACGGCUAGUACCGAAGAGAUUGCAGUUGCCAUGGGUAGUGCUGAAAAGAGGGGAGUUGCCAUGGCUAGUGUUGAAGAAACUGCAGUUGCCAUGGCUAGUGCUAAAGAGACUGCAGUUGCCAUGGUUAGUGCUGAAGAGACUGCAGUUGCCACUGCUGGUGCUGAAGAGGUUGCAGUUGCCACGGGUAGUGCUGAAGAGGCGGCAGUUGUCACGGGUAGUGCUGAAGAGGCGGCAGUUGCCACGGGUAGUGCUGAAGAGGUGGCAGUUGCCACAGGUAGUGCUGAAGAGGCAGGAGUUGCCACGGGUAGUGCUGAAGAGGCAGCAGUUGCCACUGGUAGUGCUGAGGCUGCAGUUGCCACUGGUAUGGCUGAAGAUGCAGCAGUUGCUACGGCUAGUGCUGAAGAGACUGCAGUGUCCACGGGUAGUGCUGAAGAGGCGGCAGUUUCUACGGCUAGUACUGAAGAGGCGGCAGGUUCCAUGGCUAGUGCUGAAGAGGCGGCAGUUGGCGCCACUGCUAUUGAAAAGGCGGCAGUUGGCGCCACUGCUAUUGAAAAGGCGGCAGUUAGCGCCACCGCUAUUGAAAAGGCGGCAGUUGGUGCCGCUGCUACUGAAGAGGCAGUAGUAGGGGCUUCAACUGAUGGUAGAGAGAUGGCAGUUGCCAUAUCUAACAUUAGUAAGACAAUUAAUAUUAGUUGUACUAGUGUGUCAACAACCAGCAUGGGUAUGAGAGAGUUGGCAUUCACCAUACCAGAGUUGAGACCAGAAGCUGCAACAAUUUCCACUGAGAAGUCACCAGUGACCUCAGAGGCAACAACAAUUUGUAAUAAAUUUCCAGUAAAUGUCAGCACUUCGUCCUUGAUGGCAGGUGCCAUGGUAACCACUCAGGUUGCACCGCAUGAAGGGGUGGAAUUGAACAAGAGUGAAUGUAAAGCAUUUAAUAUUGAAAUGGAUGAGUACCACCCAAAAGCAACCCGCACCCUCUUCAUAGGAAACUUGGACAAGGAUGUUACGGUAGAAGAACUCGAGAAACAUUUUAAGCGAUUUGGUGAAAUUAUUGAGAUUAAUAUCAUGCAGAAAAAUAUACCAGGUUAUGCCCUGUGUCAAUAUUCGAACAUCCGAUCAGUGGUAUGGGCAAUGAGACAGAUGGACGGAGAGUAUUUGGGGACUAAACACAUUAAGCUAUUCUUUGCUAUAGUCAAGCCGACUGAUUGUGUUUGGAUCGAAGGUGUACCUAAAACGGUGACAGAAGGGCAGCUAUGUGAACAGUUUUCUCAAUUCGGCCCAGUCAUUCGCACAGUCAUUGACAGGAGAAAGGAACAUGCUCUCAUUUUUUAUGAAACUGUAAGCCACGCAGAUUCAGCAGUAAAUGAAAUGCGUGGUCAGGUGCUGAAUGGCAGAAAGUUACAGAUUGACUUUGCUACUCAAAAGAAUCAAGAUUUCUUUGUUGAACAUCAUUACAAAUGCGGGCGUCCAACAUCAUCAGACAAGUCUCGGCAACAAAGAGUAUUAGAAAAAUGUGUUGAGGAACAGCAGUUCUCUCAUGUCGUCAUUUUUGCCAAUGAGCGGUAUAGGCAUCUCUUUAAGAAACUUGAAUCUCCUCAGGUGACUGUAAUCAUGGAGGAUAACCUGAAUUUUACCAGCAUCCCUCAAGUAGUACGCCGCAGUUUGAAUCACACAACUAGAAAUGCGUUAUGGCUAUUACCAUUGGGUAUUUAUAGUUUUGUUCAAUUCCACAUCUGUAAUAGUUGUGGAGAUAAUGGAUGUUUGCAUCCCAUAUCAAGCAUUAGAUAUGUUGGCAACACUGAUACACCCUCAGAAAAUGAAAUUUACAGUCGCGUAUCUGACAUAAUAACAAACGUUAAUAAUUUGAAGGAUCGUGUGCAAAAGGAAUUGGGGCCCAAUGGUAAGGCAUUGUUGGUGCCACUAAUACCAGUUUCAGUUGUAUGUGAAGAGGCUUUUAUAAAUCAUAAAGAUUUGCACCAUGCAGUCUCCAAAAAUUCUGCUUAUGUUAUCAGCCAUUCAGAUGUGCUUAUUUUGAAGACUCUUUACAAUAAGCUUAGUGAAACUUGGUGUAGUUCAUUUAUUGAAGGAAUGGUUGACAGAUUUUCGUCUAUGAUGACCGAUUUUGUGAUUAUGAACCAAAAUACAAAAUUUGUGUCUAUUGAAAGCAAUAAGAAUUUUAGAUAUUUGACUUAUCCAUGGAUAAGUAUGAUGAAAGAUGUGAUAAAAUUGGCUCUAUCAAAUCUUCAUGAAGAAUGUGUUGGUAGCAUUGAAACUGGUGAAAGGUUGAGUCCCUCUGUUACUGCGGUGCCAGGUACUACUAACCAGGUUCUGGUGCCAUUGCUGGACAAAUCUGGACAGUCUCAAAAUGAAAUAAAGCCUCUUUUCAAAGAUGUUGUUGUUGUUGGUGAUGAAUGCCACUUCAAUCACCUGGUUAAAUUAAGUAAACAUUUACCAAUACAUUUUGUUUAUAAAAAUAUAUGUCUUGAUGAAGCUGGUCUGAAUACCAUCCUUGAUUACCAGAUAGUGUGGCCCUCUCAAGCUCUCUGGUUUAUUCUCUUAGAGGUGUCUCAAGUAGCUACAUCUGUAGAGCUCGUGCCCAAGUGUGUCGUUUCCAAGUGUCGGAUUCCAUUGAGGAGCUUCAGUCUUAAAUACCCACAGGCUGUUGACGAUGGUGCGAGCACUACCAGUGAGAGUAUUGCUGAUGGUGUCAUUUGCCAGGCUAAAGAAUUUGCGUGCCGUGUAGCAGAACAUUUAGGAGAAGACUCGGCAAUAUUUUUGGCACCUCUUUGCCCAUCGUCAUUGACUGGGGGAGAUACUCCAAUCACACAUCACCAUGACUACUUACACGCCAUCUGUCAUGGUGAUCCUGCUCUACGUAUAGUUAAAGGCAAACGUGAAGAGUGGGAAAAAUAUUGUAGUGAUGUUAGAAACAAGUGGUUAUCAAUGCUCAUUGAGAGCAUGUUGAGCUUCCCAGAACCACUCCGCAUAAUGAAUACAUAUUUAAAAUCUAAAGAUAAAAUUGUGCUGUUUAGAAAUACUGCAAAAAAGCAAAAUGAAAUCCCAUUGGCACACAGAGCAUGGAAUGGUGUCAUCAAGGAUCUGGUGGUAUACUUUGCCAAUGCCAAAAUGGAAGAUGUACAAGAAGGCUCUCCAGCAUCCUCAUCUAUUUCCUCUCAGGAUGUUGUAGAUCUAAAAUGUGGGGAAUCUUCAUCAGUAACAACAAUUGCUUCCGAUUUGGCUGCCUUAAAUACAGAAUGUAGCAAAGUUGGUGGAUCUUGUAUGCAAGACUUGAAGAAAACUUCAGUAAAAGUCAGAUGUCCAAAACCUUAUGUGGAGGAGUUGGAGAGCACUUCAUCUAAGAGGAAAUUAGUCUCUCCUGACACAUGGUCAGAGAAAUCUUCCCUCAAGUUAUCACCAGGCCCCUCUGUCAAGCUCUCGGCUAAGUUCCCGGCAGGGCCCUCUGUCAAGUUUCCAGCUAAGUCCCCGAUGGACCCUCCUAAAGUUCAAGCAGGUCCUUGUGCCAAAAUGCCAGAAAACCCUUCCAAAAAGUUCAAAAUAUCUCCUGUCAAGUUCCCAAAGAAAUAUCCAGAGCUGCCUAAAGAUUCCCAUCCCAUAUCAACAAAAUCUCUUGAAGUGUUUUCAAAACCAGGCAUAUUCAGCGGCAGAAAGAGAGAAAACUUUGGCGAUAAGCAUUGUAUAAAAGCUCCAUCCAAAGUUCACCCAAUCUCUAUUGACAAGUUGUCAGCAGGGAGUGGCAAACAACUAAUAAUAUCAUUAAAUCAGUCAAUAGAAACCACCAAGCAACCAGCACAAUCUGUUGAUAAAGUUUUAGAAAAACCUACCAACCAACUAUCAGAUAAUAAGAAGAUAAUAAAACUAACCAGGAAUCUAGAAGAACCUACAAAGAAGCCAGAAGAACCUGCUAUGAAGCUAGAAGAGCCUACUAAACAACUCGUAGAGCAUGACAAAAUGGUUGUCCAGCUUUCAGUAGAACUUAACCAACAUUCUACAGGAUCAGCAAAAAAGUCUGUGCAACUUGCCAAGCAACCAGUUAAGCCUCUCGGCCAGUUAUCUGAACUUGAAAGGAAGCAAAUGGAACUUGAAAUGCAACUGACAGAACCUCCCAAGCAACUAGUAGAAACUGAUGUGAACCCAAUGAAGCAUACAAGCCAAACAGCAGAACCUACAACGAAGCCAAUAGGACCAACAAAGCAACGAUCAGAACAUACAAAGAAUCUAGUAGAACUAACUAGACAAGUAUCAAGACCUACAAAGAAGCCAAUAAAACUUUCAAGACAACCUCUCAUACAAUUAACAACUUCUAUGAAGGCAAUUGAGUGUACUCAAAAUCUACAAGAAACUAAUAAGAAUGAUGGGAAACUUGGCAAGCAACUAAUGGACCCUCCAGUACACAAGAUGGUCAUACUGUCACAAGAGGCAGGAGUUGUGACCAGACAAGUUGAUUUGUCUGAUCAGUUAACAGAGCCUAGUAACAAGCUAUUACAACAUACCAAACAACCUGUCAAGCCGUCUGCCGGGCAGCCUGCCGGGGAGCCAGUCGGGCCAUCUGCCGGGGAGCCUGUUAGGCCGUCUGCCGGGGAGCCUGUUGAGGAGCCUGCCAGGCCGUCUGCCGGGGAGCCUGUUGAGGAGCCUGCCAGGCUGUCUGCCGGGGAGCCUGUUGAGGAGCCUGUCGGGCCGUCUGCCGAGGAGCCUGUUGGGCUGUCUGCCGGGCCGUCUGCCAGGGAUCCUAUUGAGGAGCCUAUCGGGUCAUCUGCCGAGGAACCUGUCGGGUCGUCUGCCGAGGAGACUGUUGGGCCGUCUGCCAAGGAGCCUGUCAGGCCAUCUGCCAAAAAGACUAUUGGGGCGUCUGCUGAAGAGCCUGUUGAGGAGCCUGCAGGGCCGUCCGCUGAGGAACCUGUCAGGGCGUCUGUUAAGGAGCCUGCAGGGCCACCUGCUGAGGAGCCUGUCGGGCCAUCUACCAAAGAGCCUGUUAAGGAGCCUGUUGGGCCGUCUGCCGAGGAGCCUGUUGAGGAGCCUGCAGGGCCAUCUGUUGAGGAGCCUGCAGGGCCAUCUGUUGAGGAGCCUGUCGGGCCGUCUGCCGAGGAACCUGUUAGGCCAUCUGCCGAAGAGCCUGUUGAGGAGCCUGCAGGGCUGUCUGCCGAGGAGCCUGCCGGGGCGUCUGCUGAGGAGCCUGUCGGGCCGUCUGCUGAGGAGCCUGCAGGGCCGUCUGCCGAGGAGCCUGUCGGGCCGUCUGCCGAGGAGCCUGUUGGGCCGUCUGCUGAAGAGCCUGUUGAGGAGCCUGCAGGGUUGUCUGCCGAGGAGCCUGUCGGGGCAUCUGCUGAGGAGCCUGCAGGGCCAUCUCCCGAGGAGCCUGCAGGGCCAUCUCCCAAGGAGCCUGCAGGGCUGUCUGCCGAGGAGCCUGGAGGGGCGUCUGCCGAGGAGCCUGGAGGGGCGUCUGCCGAGGAGCCUGGAGGGCCGUCUGCUAAGGAGGCUGCAGGGCCGUCUGCCGAGGAGCCUGUCGGGGCAUUUGCUGAGGAGCCUGCAGGGCCGUCUGCUGAGGAGGCUGCAGGGCCGUCUGCCAAGGAGCCUGUUGGGGCGUCUGCUAAGGAGGCUGCAGGGCCGUCUGCCGAGGAGCCUGUCGGGGCGUCUGCUGAGGAGCCUGUCGGGGCGUCUGCUAAGGAGCCUGCAGGGCCGUCAGCCGAGGAGCCUGUCGGGGCGUCUGCUAAGGAGCCUGCAGGGCUGUCUGCCGAGGAGCCUAUCGGGGCGUCUGCUAAGGAGCCUGCAGGGCCGUCUGCCGAGGAGCCUGUCGGGCCAUCUGCCGAGGAGCCUGUUGGGGCGUCUGCUAAGGAGGCUGCAGGGCCGUCUGCCGAGGAGCCUGUCGGGGCGUCUGCUAAGGAGGCUGCAGGGCCCUCUGCUGAGGAGCCUGUCGGGGCGUCUGCCAGGCUGACUGCUGGGGAACCUGUUGAGGAGCCUGCCGAGGUGUCUGCUGAGAAGCCUGCUGGGGCAUCUGCCACGGAACCUGUUGAGGAACCUAUCACCACGUCUGCCGAGGAGGCUAUCAGGAUAUCUUCCAAGGAACCUGCUGGGGCGUCUGCCAAGGAGCCUGCUGGGGCGCCUGCAAACGAGCCAGCCGGGCCGUCUGCCGGGAAACUUGAUGAGGAGGCUGCCAGGGCGCCUGCUGGAGCAUCUGCCAAGGAGGCUGCUGGGGCACCUGUUGGGGUGUCUGCCAAGGAGCCUGCCGGGGUGUCUGCCGAGGAGCCUGCUGGGGUGUCUGCCGAGGAGCCUGCUGGGGUGUCUGCCGAGGACCCUGCCAGGGUGUCUACCAAGGAGCCUGCCGGGCCACCUGCCGGGGUGUCUGCUGACGAGCCUGCCGGGGUGUCUGCUGAGGAGCCUGCCGGGGUGUCUGUUAAGGAGCCUGCCGGGGUGUCUGCUAAGGAGCCUGCCAGGGUGUCUGCUGAGAAGCCUACCGGGGAACCUGUUGAGGAGCCUGCCAGGGAACCUGUUGAGGAGCCUGCCGGGGCGUCUGCCGAGGAGCCUGCCGGGGCGUCUGCCGAGGAGCCUGCCGGGGCGUCUGCCGAGGAGCCUGCCGGGGCGUCUGCCGAGGAGCCUGCCGGGGCGUCUGCCGAGGAGCCUGCCGGGGCGUCUGCUGAGGAGCCUGCCGGGGUGUCUGCUGAGGAGCUUGCCGGGGUGUCUGUUAAGGAGCCUGCCAGGGUGUCUGCUAAGGAGCCUGCUAGGGUGUCUGCUGAGAAGCCUGCCGGGGAACCUGUUGAGGAGCCUGCCAGGGAACCUGUUGAGGAGCCUGCCGGGGCGUCUGCCGGGGCGUCUGCCGAGGAGCCUGCCGGGGCGUCUGCCGAGGAGCCUGCCGGGGCGUCUGCCGAGGAGCCUGCCGGGGCGUCUGCCGAGGAGCCUGCCGGGGCGUCUGCCGAGGAGCCUGCCGGGGCGUCUGCCGAGGAGCCUGCCGGGGCGUCAUCCGGGGCGUCUGCCAAGGAACCUGACGGGGAGCCCGCCUCACUGGGUGCCGAAGAGCCCGCCACGCUGGGUGCCGAAGAGUCUGCCACACUGGGUGCCGAGCAACCAAGAGAACUGCCCACUAAACAUCUAGUAGGAUUUGCUGGAAUCCAAUCGGGAACUAUUACAAGACAGCAAGCAGCUCCUCUCAAGCAGCCUUCAAACUACUUUAGUAAGCAGCAAGGAGAACAUACUGAGCAAUCUGGAGAUAUUGAGAAGCAGUCUACAGAGUCAAUUUCAAAGAAAGAAACAGAUGUUUCUGUCAAGCAAUCAGGACGAUCACGUACCACACAAUCAUGGCCUGUUAAACAAUUAUCUGAGCUGGUCAAGCAACCAGAAGAAACUGUAAAGCAACUUGUGGAACCCUUCAAACCAUUGGUGGGAGAAUUUUCUGUUAGGCAACCAUCAGAAACCUCUGCCAAAACACAUCCAGAAGCCACUGCCAAACAACUGCUAGAAUUAACUACAACACCUGUACCAGAAUCAUAUUCCAGACAGCCAUUGGUAAUGUCAGACAAGCAGUUACCACAGCCAUUUACAGAGAGAUUACCAGAGGCAGCUGAGAAACCAAAAUUAUGCCAGGAGAGUUCUCAUGUGAAAUCAGCUUUCGAAUGUAAAUUAGAUCCGAUAAAUAAAUUGCACAUUAAAAUGGGACAUAAUAGUAAUGUUGGAAAAAGUGUUUGUAGUAGCAAGUCUUCAGGUACAAAAGAAAAAGGUGUGGUAAAAGGCAAUAAUAGAACACUGAACACUGGAGUCAGUAGUACUUGUAAGGAAGUCACUCAUAUGAAUGUUGAACAAAAUUUGUCCUCGAGUAAUACAUGCACAGUCAUUGAAAACAGUCCAGUUGAGGAUGAUCGUUCUGCAAUUUCUGGAUGUGUGCGAGGAAAGGAUGUAAGCAUUUCUAACUUGAAACAUAAUGAAGAUAAUGUAAAGACUUUGCACCAAAAAAAUGCAAUCACAGAUCUUGUUACCAAAUCCAAGAGAGAAGAAUCGGCGGAAGAACACGAGAGAGAGCUGGGACUCUCAAAUGUGCGAUCAGAAAAGGCUGGUUCUACUGUCAUUAAAAAAGGUAAUGAAGACAAUGUUAAGAUAUGUGAUACGGUGCGGGUUACGAAGAAAGUGUUGCACCAUGCCACCUUUAGACCCAAGCCUCACUUUAGAGAAGAUAUUAUAGUAAGGGCUUCAAACAUAUCGGACUUGAUUCCAAUAUCGGUUAUCCAUGAAGUAUUUGAAGAGUGUGGUGCAUGCAGCCCUGGAAAAUUUGAUGGAGAUGAUCUGCUCUACAGGUUCUUGACACUGAGGAAUGCUGUUCUCUGCGUAACAAUGCUCAAUGAUUACCGCUUCCUUGACAAAAAACUUAAGGUUAACCUGGAUGGGGACUAUGAUGUUUCAGCUGUAAAGAGUGAGUACAACUACCAGGAUGAGCUGGCCUUGGAUAGUGAGGUGGUAGAUGUGUUGAAAUGUCAAGAGGAUGAGAUGGUGAGCUGCAUAAAGAGGUGGAUUGAUAAAGGUUUCAAUGUUUAUGGAUUCAAGGUUAAAAUGUGUAUAAAACCCAAGUGUUACUCCCCUGGCUUGUGUUCUGGCUAUCACAAUCUAUUAGAUCGACGUCGAAGCCCAGGGUUCUAUGAAUACAGUGAUGAAAUGUGUCGUGCAGUUAUACAGAGGACAAAAUGUGCCAAGCAAGAUUCAUGCCCAUAUGCUCACACAACUGUAGAGAGAGACUACCAUGUUAAAAGAUUUCGAUCUCUCGUUUGUCCGGGCAGGAAUAAAGCUCACUUUUGUUCAAAGAAGAAAGAAGUUUGUCCAUUUGUACAUCCAGAGAGUGCAGAUUCUCUAUACCAUGAAUGCUGGCAAGACUUGUAUGUCGAGGGACUUGGUAGCACCAUAUAUUUCACGGUGGAAGCGAUAAGGAAUAUUUUUAAGCUGCCAAUUGCCUCUGGUGUAAGAGUUUUGAUAAUAACUCCCUCAGCAAUGAUGGCCAACAUGUUGAGACUGGCAGUGCUGGACUUGGCCAAAAUAUUCCUUCAAACAGUUGUCGUAGUCACUCAUGAGCACCAGAAUUUAGAGAAUGCAUCAGUGCUGAUUGGGACACCAAGUGUUCUGUCCAAGUUAUUGGUGACAAAGUCUAAAGAAUCUUCGAGCCACUUUUGCAACACCAGGGCCAUCAUAAUUGAUGAUAUUUCUGCCAUAUUGAAGGACUUCAUGCUUCGACACCAACUCACUCACAUUCUUAAGAUUAUCCUGGGAAAUUUUGGUUUAAACAAGGUUGUUAUAACAGAGAAGUUUAAUGACUAUGAAGUUGGUGCUGCAGCCGACCUUCUCAAGACAAAGUUUGUCAAGGUUUCAAUGGAGGAGCAGAAAAGCCAGCUAGAUAUCAAGGAUUUAAGAGAUAAACAAAGAACUGGAAAUACUGAAGGGGGUUCAAAGGAUUAUUCACAGCUGGCAAAACAUUCCAAGAGGAAGAGAUCUACACAUGUAACCUGCAGCCCUGUUAAAAAGAGGAAGUUGUCGCCAUUGAUGACAUCAUCCAAAAUGACCAGUGAAAAAACUGGUUACCAAUUAUCAUCUGUGGAAAGACCCCAACAGCAAAGCAGCCCAUCUCCAUCAACAUCGAAGGGCAAGUCUGGUAAACGAAAACGGUGCUCCUCAACAUCGUCAGAGUCGAACUUGUCUCUUGGAACUUCAUCCACUAGCUCAAAGAUGAAAUGCCCCAAUUUUGAUCCAGAAACUAUGAAACUCUUCCUGGCUGCAGAGGAGGAGUUGAGAAAAGACCACCAAAUAGACCGCCAAACUUACUUGGAGGUGCCGGAGGCUCAUCCCAGUUAUGAAGAUAAAUAUGCAAUUUUCAAGGCAAAAUACCAGGAGAUGCAUGCAGGAAAUGAAGACCCAAAGGAAUGUGAAAAACUGUGGCGUGAAUUUUGGGAGCAGGUGGUGACUGAGCAGCUUGAGGUAAAGUGGAAUCAGAAGAGAGAGAAGUUAAUUAAACAGUUUGAAGCAGCAGCAGCUAAUAAGGAGGCAACUGCUACAAGACCAAAUAAAGCAAGGCAGUAUCCAGAUGACAAAUCUCAUUAUAGAGCCACCCCUAGUACUUCAUUUGAAGGGCCUUUGGAGUCCUCUUCCAAAAUUAUAACUAGUCAAAAGUCUACAUGUAUAGAUAAUGGAGACGAGCAGUCCAGUUCUGGUCCUGACUAUGAAGGCACUGUGGUGGCACCAUCUGUGAAGGAGUUUACCUUGCAAAUGCCUGCAGAAAAGGUUGCUACAUGUUGUCCCAAUUCUCAUAAUCAGGGUGAUGGAGACACCACAGAAGAUUUGCAAGUCAUAGAUAAAAUUUUGCCCGUAGUUAGUACCUCCCAACAAAAAGAUGUUCAAGGUGUGAAAGCAUUACCAGCAAAAGAAUUUUCAUUGAAAAGUACUUUAGCGCUGCUUCUAGAACUCAGUGACUUGUUAGAUUUUCUUGCUCCUGCUCUGAAGCUCAUAAUUCGGAAGAUGAAAAACUUGGGUUCAAACACACACACAGCUAUUCAAGUACUUGCUGAUAAAGAUAAUGCUUUAAUUAUUAAAAUGGCUUCAGAAAAGUUACGAGUUUUAAGUGAGAGUGCUACAGGUAGCUAUAAAGACAAGUUAGUGAAAGGUAGCACUGAAGCUGCAGCGUUGUUGAGCCACGCUUCGGCACUACCUUUGAGUAGAGAAAGACUGUAUAAUGGUGUUGAUGUUGAUAGAGCGGCAAAGGCCACAGUGGGGAAGGAUGCUACUUUUAUUGUUCAGUUUAUAAAAAAUGCACUUGCUUAUGAAGGUGUUGUGAAUCCUACACUUGAAAAUAUCACUGAAAUAUUCUUGGCUGUGUCUUCAAAACACUUUACGAUGGCCCAGAAAAAGUAACUCAUUUCUAGUUGAAUAGAAAUAAUACAUGUCACAUUACAUAUUAUGUUUGAGUUUGAGACAAUUUAUAAAUAAAAAGUGUAGAAUUAUUUCAAAUUUUUAAUGAUCAAUGAAGUAUUAGAGCAAGACAGGCAAAACCUUAUGGCUUAUAGUGGAUGGUGUUCUGAAUGCAGUUCACAGGAGCUUUUAAUGAAGGGAAACUGUGCAAAAAUUUUUUAACACGGUUUUAAUGUCUUUUUAUUUUGUUAAAAUGAACAGCUUUCACCUACACCUGCAUCCAUGCCAUAUUGCUCGACUCAGAAUUUGUUUUGAAGUUUGUGAAUCUUACAUCUUGAUAUUCUCAUCCAAUAUAAUUACACAGUCCUUUAGUAUAAAUUGAUGCAUAAAACAGAGAAUGGUUAUUAAGUGUAAAGAUUAGCUUCAGAUGUAUAUACUAUGAAGAACCUGUAUAGUAUCUGCGUGUGUGUGUGUGUGUGUGUAGUGCUUUGUGCUUCUUGAAAUUACGAGACUGGUGAAAGGGGCUACAAGACUACCAUAUUUAGAAUAAAGUUAUUCUCUUGUAUUUAGAUUAACAUUAUUUUUUGCUGUCACUAUUGAGCAGUUUUAUUUUAGUUUGUAUAUAUUUUUCUAUCCAGUAUAUGUAAUACUGUUCUAAAGCAAAACAUUAUUUUCAUUGUAAAUAAUACAUUUUUGUUACAUAUUACCAAAUAAAUUUAAACAAUGCAUCACAAGAAUUUUAGUAAAAUAUACACCAUGUAUCUGC